ACAUCAAGAACUUUGAUUUUUCUUCAUCUACUCCACUCUCCCUUCACCUUUUUCCUCAAAAUUCUUUAAAAUCCCUCAUAAUUGUUACCAAAAAAAUCUAGCAAAUUAAUUAAAAUAUAGUCAUUGUAGUGAAAAUGUUAAUGGAGAAAUAUUCAUGGUCUUAUGAAGAUGAGUUGAUAAAAGAACUUCUUGAUGAUGAAUCACCAUUCUUUUUAGCACCUCAACAUGACUCAACAACUUCUUCAAGUGAUAAUUAUUAUUCACUUGAUGUAACAAAGAGCUCUAUUUCUUCACUUUCCUCAUGGCCUAACAAUAUUCAUGAUGAUAUAGAGAGUGGUUUGUCUAUGACAAGUAAUGGAGUACUUCAAUCUCAUGAUGCUAGGAAUUUAGGGUUGGGAAGAGGGUUAGACAUGAUGAUAAAUAAGCAUGAGCCUCAUGAGGCUAAAUAUACAUUGAGAAUACAGAGUUGUGGUAAUGCAAUGGCUGAUGAUGGUUAUAAGUGGAGAAAAUAUGGCCAAAAAUCCAUUAAGAAUAGCCCAUAUCCAAGGAGCUACUACAAAUGCACUAAUCCAAGGUGUGGAGCCAAAAAACAAGUUGAGAGGUCCAGUGAUGAGCCCAACACUUUCAUAAUAACUUAUGAAGGCCUUCAUCUACAUUUUGCUUACCCAUUUAUCACUCUUGAUCCACCUCAAUCUCUUAAUCAGCCCAAUAAAAAGCCCAAAGUAACAAAUUCAAAAGCCCAUAUCUAUGAAUCUGAAAACACAAGUGAAGUUGAUGAAAGCCCAAUACUUGUCAACCCAGGCCCAAUUGUUGAACUUGAACAAGGAUUGGGCCUUGAUAUAACGGGCUCACAAGGAUUGGGCUUUGAUGAAAUGGGCUCACAAGGAUUGGGCUUUGAUGGAAUGGGCUCACAAGGGUUACUUGAAGAUAUGGUGCCAUUAAUGGUUAGAAACCCAUCUAUUAAUAAGACCACAAACUCAUAUUCUUCAUCUUGCUCUUACUCAUCUCCACCAACUUCUCCUUCAUUUUCUUGGUCAAAUAAUUAGUGUUUUUUUUUACUAGUAAAUUAUUGUAUGU